CAAAGUCCAGCCGAGAAGCAUACCACUCAUUAUCAUUCCACGACGGCUCCGAAACCGACCAUACCUUGCGUAUACCUACGUCAAACCUCUCUUCCUGCGACUACCUCCUUACGAAAUACCUGAACAAUGCCGCGCGCAGAGGUUGGCAGUUUGAAACACUUGAACAACAAGCUAAAGUCCAAAGGCCUCCAGAGAUUGCGAUGGUAUUGCCAGGUUUGCGAAAAGCAAUGCCGAGAUGAGAACGGCUUCAAAUGUCACACCCAGAGCGAGUCGCAUGUGCGCAACAUGCAGCUUGUCGGGGAAAACGCGCACAAGUUCAUCAACGACUUCUCGAACCAGUUCAAGAGUGACUUUCUACAACUGCUCCGCACAUCACAUGGCGAAAAGGCAGUCCACAUCAACCAUUUCUACCAGACCUACAUCUCGAACAAAGAACACGUACAUAUGAACUCAACGAAAUGGCCGUCCCUAACAGAAUUUGCGAAGUACUUAGGCCGCGAAGCAAUAUGCAGGGUCACCGAGGAUGAGAAGGGCUUAUACAUUGCAUGGAUAGACUCAAGCCCGGAAGCUAUGCGCCGACAAGCAGCUCUGAGGAAGAAAGAGCGACAAGAUCGCGGAGACGAAGAGCGAGAGCAAAGAAUGAUUGAGGAUCAGGUGAAGAAAGCGCAGAAAGACGCUGAAGCCAAGGCAAAAGCACCUCCAGAGGAGGAGGCCAGAGCAUUGCAACGCGUCGACGGGGAGAAGAUUUCACUCAAUUUCGAUUUGAAGUCGGCUGUGGCAUCGAAACCACCAACACCUCCGUCCACAGCAGACACAUUAUCAGAAAUAAAUAACUCAGUUCCCGAUGCGCCUAUCAAGAUAACACUGAGUGCGAGUAGCACAAAACCUAAGAAUGUAUUUGCGCACAAAAAGAGUGUAUUUGCUGGGAAGAAAGUAACGGUGAAGGAACAACCGAAGAAGAUGAGCGAAGCAGAGCGCAUAAUGCGGGAGGAACUCGAAGCGAAGCGCAAGCGGGAAGAAGCCUCAGCCGACAGAGGACCAAAGAGAAUGAAGAUGUGA